AUGAUCCGAGACGCACUCCAAUCCGGCUUUCAACCAUCAUACAUUGAGACUCUUCAGGCUCAAACGAGAAGAGCUCCUGAAUUGAGAAAGCUAUUUGAGGGAAUCUUUUCGGCUUUCGAGAAAGUCGAGUGUUUUAUGGCGAAAACCCCGAGUGAGCAUGUGCUGAAUGCGAGUGGGGAGAUUAGAGCUCAAGAUUGCGGUGAUCGAUUCCUGGGAGAUCUCUGCGAAUGCGCAAAUCACGUGCUUGAGAAUUUGGUCCCAAAGAAGUUCAUGGGAAAUCAUCUCACAGGGAACACGUUGAAGCGAUACGUUGAGAACCUCGUCGAUCACAUCAAAGAGAACAAUCACAAGGCAAUCGGAUCAGCUUUCCAGGCUACUUCUGAGCUCUUCUUCGAAAAAGCCAAAGCAGCCGCAGCUGAGUACUUCGCCGCAGCACACGAUCAGCUGAUGCGCGCGUCCGGGCAUCAUCCAAUAAAUCCAAAAGAGUACGAAGAGACACUCAAGAAAUUCGUCGAUGAAGCACUUCAGGAAUACAGCUCAAAACCACUCUUUGGGACUCAAGAAGUUAAAGGGAAAACUCUCUUGGCGUUGAAGGAGUCAUUAGAGGCAAAAUGCCAAGAGAAGCUGCUUAGCAAUCGGAGCCGUUUCCGCGACUUCUUGAUGGCCGAUGCGGUGCAGCAAAGCUCAGAGUUGUACGAGAAAGGGAUGAAGCCAGACUUCGGGGAUUCCCUUCUUGGAAAAGCUACCGUUGAACAAGUGAAAGAUCGACACGAGAAAGCCUUUCCUGAAGCAAUGUCACUUUUUGAGAAUGCUGUUGAGCCUUUCAACGAUGAGGUGGAUUUGAUCGAGCGUAAGAGGAGUCUUCUCACUAAGAUGAUUUUGACUCGUUUCGAAGAUCUCCAAAAUGACAACCUCGUCGUUCAACUCAACGCAUCUUUGGAUUCAAUGAUCAACGCGCUUGCAGACAAUUACGGAAAAUAUUUGAAGGAGCAAGUUCCAUUGGUCAAGAAAUUAGACGAAAUCCGAAUGUUUAUCGAACGUGGGAUGAACGCUUUGAAUACAAAUUUUGAAGCAAGCAAGGCUCAAUUCAUCAUCGACAUUUCCCAACUAAUGCCGAAACUUGAUUUGAACAUGCUCCGUCAAAUGAUUGACAACUUCAAGGAUGCGAAGGGAGCGCUGUUUAAGCGAUGCGAGGACCACUUUGAGUCGGAGGUUCGUGCGCAUUUCAACAUGGAAAAGCUGAGGAACAAGAUGAUCGAUAUGAGACAUCGACAAAACGAAGCACAGAAAAGAUUGCAAGCGGAACAGGGGAGAAUCCAAGAACAACUCACCGAUACACAGCAACAAUUGGACGAAGAAAAACGUAAACGAGAAGCAGCUGGGAAGAGCAACGAUUUGAAUCCAAUAUUCUUCCUGUUUAAACAAAUGAAUGAACAGACGCAACAACAGCUUGAAAACGCGCGUGAAGAGCGGCAACGAAAAGAAAUGAGAGAAGCACAGGAAGAGGCGAAUCGACUCGAGAAAGAAGGGAAUGAGGCGAGGAUUCGGAUGGAGCAACGAAGAGCUGAAAACGAAAGAAACGAAAGAAACCGCGAAGAGGAUCGAAAUGAACGAGAAGCCGAGAGGGCUUUGCUU